AUGGCGGCGGGGCCGCUGUCGGGCUCGGCCGUGCUGGAGCUGCCCCGGGCGCCGCGCCUCGUGUGUGUGGAGUACCCGGGGCUGGUGCGGGACAUCGGGGCCAUGCUGAGCACGCUGGGAGGAGAGCAGGGCGUGUCGCGGAUCUACGCAGACCCUGCCAAGAGGCUGGAGCUGUAUUUUCGCCCCAAGGACCCCUAUUGCCACCCCGUGUGUGCCAACCGCUUCCCCACCUCCACCAUGCUGCUCAGGGUCAGGAGGAGGAGGAGCAGGAAGAAGCAGCAGCUGGACACCGAGGAACAAACCCAGCCAGAAGUCCAGUUUGAGAUGGAGAUCCUUGGGAUUGUCACCACUGUUUACAAAUUUCAAGGAAUGUCUGAUUUCCAGUACCUGGCAAUGCACUCUGGUCCUGAUGGCAAACCAACCUCCAUGUAUGACAAAGUCCUGAUGCUCAAACCAGAGAAGGAAGAGUUUUUCAACAGGGAAUUACCUCUUUACAUCCCCCCACCAAUUUUCUCGCGCCUGGACACUCCCAUUGACUAUUUUUAUCGUCCAGAUAUUCAGCACAGGGAGGGAUACAGCAACCCCCAGGUGUCUGGGGAGCACCUGAUUGGCCUCAGCAGGGCCCGUCGCCCACACAAUGCCAUCUUUGUGAACUUUGAUGAUGAGGAAAUCCCAGCUAAACCACUGGAUGCUGCUGUACAGACCUGGAAGAAAGUGUGCAACAAUCCUGUGGAUAAAAAGGUGGAGGAGGAGCUGAGAAAGCUCUUUGAAGUCCGCCCUGUCUGGUCCCGGAAUGCAGUCAAAGCCAACAUCGGUGUCCACCCGGAGAAGCUGAAGCUGCUGCUGCCAUACCUGGCCUAUUACAUGUUGACAGGUCCCUGGAGAAGCUUAUGGGUUAGGUUUGGGUAUGACCCCAGAAAACACCCUGAAGCAAAGAUUUAUCAAGUACUGGACUUCCGAAUUCGCUGUGGAAUGAAAUAUGGUUAUGCCCCUAAUGACAUGCCUGUGAAAGCAAAACGCAGCACCUACAACUACAGCCUGCCCAUCACUGUCAAGAAACAAGUCAGUCACACAGUCAGUGUCCACGACCUCAAACAGGGGCUGGGUACAGCUGGUGCAUCUGGGGCAAAAAAGCCCCCCUCCAGCAGGUAUAAACUGAAGGAAUCCAUCUACAUUUUCCGAGAAGGAGCUUUACCCCCAUAUCGACAGAUGUUCUACCAGCUCUGUGACUUGAAUGUGGAGAGCCUGCAGAAGAUCAUCCACAGGAAUGAUGGCACAGAGUCGGAGUGCACGGAGCGGGACGGGUGGUGCCUCCCCAAGACCAGUGAUGACCUGAGGGACAGCAUGUCCCUGAUGAUAAAGCAGAUCAUCAGAUCCACAAGGCCUGCUCUUUUCUCAAAUACAACAAGCAGUGAAGACUGCAAAGAGCAGCUGGCAUACGAGUCUGGAGAGGAUGAGGAGGAUGAAGAGGAGGAGGAAGAAGAUUUCAAGCCUUCUGAUGGGAGUGAAAAUGAAAUGGAGACAGAGAUACUGGACUAUGUGUGAACUGGCUGCUGUGGCCAGAAUUGUCUCUUGCUCCUUGAGAGCUGAGGGUUCAGAUCCAUGCCCAGGAUCUGGGAAAGCAGAGCUUGUACUAUGAUGAUGCCACUCUCUCUGCACUGACUGCUCGUGGCCAUGGAUGUUUGGGAGUCUUUGCCUACAUUUUCAUAAUUGCUGGCUAAGAAAGCCUCCAGCAAGCUCAGCAAACACCCCAGAGUGAGCCCAGAGUCCAAACCAGCUGGUAAUACACCAGGAUAGAGGAGAAGCUGCAUUUCCAGAUCUCUCCACGUGUGGGAAUUGCACUCUGUCCAGGUUGGUGGCUGUGUGGAAAAUGGAAAAGGUGCCUGAGGAGAUGCUGGAAGAAGCAUUCCAGUGUUACUGGAGCCCCUAAGGCAGGUUCUGCCCUUCUGCUUGUCCAAAGGGAACGAAAAUACUGUGCCUGCCUUCAGCACUGAGCAUUGCCAGCCCUCUUGGAAAUAAAGCCAGCAGUAAAACACA